AUGGUGAGAAAUGUCCAGAGAUCCCUGGUCUUAGGUAAGGCUCUCGUUCUGUGGUCUCUGUAGAGCAGAGAUGUGAAUUUAAAAAGCAAACGGAAAACAAGCCUGUUCAUACUACUAGAGGUACCUCAAGGCAUUUAUGAAACUUUAGUCUUCCUGUUCCCUCCCCUGUGGCUAUUGUAACAUGUUUUCUGUUUCUCCUUCUAGGCAGAACUGCUGAGACUUUCUAAAAUGCCUUUAUGCUUCCGGAGUUUCGUCCCAUUUGCCGUACCUGGAGCACUGGCACUUCUUGGGUGCUGGUGGAUUUAUUCCCAUAGGAAAAAGCAUGGAACCUAUGAAGAGGAACCAGCAGUAGCUGCUGAAGAGCAGCAGGAAGAAGCGACACAGCAGGAUUCAGCACCAGGAACAGAACCAUGUGUUCCACAAAGACAGCUCUCCUUGCUGGAAGAGGAGGCCACAGAGAACAAAACCUCAACCUCCCUGCUGACAGCGGGGUUGACGAUGCCCUCUGUUAGGUGUCACACUGAUGAGAGGCUGGAUCUCUCACCAGACUUACCAGUGACAACAAAUCAGCCCAGCGCCCUUGAGAACGGCAGUGAAACACUAGAAGAAGAGGGAUCUCAAGACAAAAAGAGUGUCCCUUGCACAUCCACGUGUGAAGGUGGGGCAUGUGUGGAGGGCCUGGUGCAGAGCACAGUGCUGGCUGUUGCAUCGGGCCAGCAUUCAGAGUUACUGAGUUUACCUGCAAGCGGAGACACAAGUGCUGGGCAGAGCUCCGGGCCAAGUGAAACUCAGCCUCCUGUGAGGCUGCCUGAGGACAAUGACGUGCCGUACAGCACUGGAGUGCUGCGAGAGGAUGGUCCAGAGCCGUGUAAGGAGCGUAGCAAGGCACCAGGAAUAGAUGGAGGCUGCCCACAAGGAUUGGAUGGACAUGGUACGGGUUUUGUGAACAGUGGCUGUGCCAUGAAGAAGGCAGUGACUCAGCAGAACACUGAGACAGGGGGAGAAACCAGCAAGUGCGACCACGUCAUCUGGGAAAUAGAAGUCCCAGAGAAAUCAGUUGGCCGCUUGAUCGGCUGGCGAGGAAAGUUUGUGAGCUUCCUGAGGCAGAAGUCUGGUGCCAAAAUCUAUGUCAGGAGAAAGCCGUAUUUGCGUGACUCCCAGGUCUGUUACAUUGAAGGUUUCCCGCAUCGAGUAGAAAAAGCACUGAGUCUGAUUGGCAGGAAGUUCAAGGAGCUGUGUCUCACCAACAUCCACAAUCUACCUCCACCAGCACCACUGACACUUCGUCGCCUCCUCAUGAAUGCCUGGCUCUUCCUUCCGGAUGGAGUCACAGUGGAGGUGGUUGUGGCGCACCAAGUCGAUGCAGGGCACAUGUUCCUGCAGCAGCACACUCACCCCACUUUCCAUGUCCUGAGGAGCCUUGAACAGCAGAUGUCUGUCUGCUACUCUGAACCCAAAAUUCCAGCCCUGCCAACUCCAGUAGAAGCUGGUAUUAUCUGCGCAGCUCCAGGCCUGGAUGGGGCAUGGCUACGGGCUCAAGUUAUCAGCUACUUUGCAGAGACCAGUGAAGUGGAACUCAGAUAUGUGGACUACGGAGGAUAUGACAAAGUGAAGGUGGACACACUCAGAUACAUCAGGUCUGACUUUUUAUCGCUGCCUUUCCAAGCAGCAGAAGUUUUACUGGACAAUGUGGUGCCUCUUCCAGAUGAGGAUCGCUUCUCCCCUGAAGCUGACGCGGCUGUUGGCGAGAUGACCAGAGGCGCGGUCCUUGUGGCGCAGGUACCAAAUUAUGACAGUGCAACAGGACUGCCACUGAUACAGCUGUGGAACAUGAUGGGCGAUGAGGUGGUGUCCGUAAACAGAACUCUGGUGGAAAGAGGCCUUGCUCGGUGGCUUGACUACUAGCAAUGUCCUACCAUUUCCCUACAAACACAUACCUCAUCUCGGUGAAAGGCAGGGUUAUUAAAAGCCAUAAUGACAAAUACUGUAGCUUGAAAGCAAAAAUCGUCUG